UAUACGUCGCCGCAAGUUUGUGAUUAAAACAGAUUAAAUUCCAGUCGUCACGACAGAAUAAUAUAGAUUAAAUUCCAGUCGUCCUGCUUCAGAGCACGACAGAAUAAUCUUCUACAUCUGUCUUCUUUUACCUUUGAAGAUUUUACCUUUACUGAUGUUAAUACUAAAUUUUAGUCGAAAGCCAAGGAACAUGGCGCGGAUUACAGAAACAUUUCGUACAUCACCAUCAACACUUUGUACAUUGUUCGUAUUUCAAGUUUCAAACCUUGCAACGAUAUCAAUGGCUUUUUUUGUGGGUCAUUUGUUGUUGAUUUCGUUGUAUCAAGUUUCCGUUGCUUCUCACCGCCAGCAUUUAAAUAUCCGACAUUUACCCAAAAUGAGUGAACUCGCCAAUCUACUCUCGCAAAAUUUUAGCGACACCGAAACUUUCUUUCACCAUUUGAACUUGGAAAACGUAGAUUUUUGGAAAUCAAGAACUUUAAACUCUCGAUCUGUGUUGGGCUGGACUUGGAACAAAACAAACACCAGUCUGAACUAUACCUGGCCAGUGAAAAGGGUGGCCGAAAUAGAAGGGGACAUUAUUCUCGGUGGGCUUAUGAUGGUGCAUGAGCGCGAAGACACCCAGAUCUGUGGACCAAUAAUGCCUCAGGGUGGGAUUCAGGCCUUGGAAUGUAUGCUAUAUACCAUCGACUGGGUAAAUAGCCAGGAAAACUUUCUACCAGGUGUCACUCUCGGUGCUUAUAUCCUGGACGACUGUGAUAAAGACACUUACGGGCUGGAACAGGCGGUAGAUUUUAUCAAAGGUUCUAUACGUAAUAUUGACGACAGCACGUACCGAUGUCCAGACGGCUCAAGUCCUGUUAUUCGGCAAAAAAUGAUAUCAGGAGUGCUUGGGGCGGCCUCUAGUGUUACUUCUAUACAGGUUGCAAACUUGCUUCGACUUUUCAAGAUUCCACAGGUCAGUUUCUUUUCUACGAGUCCUGAACUGAGUAACAAACAAAGAUUUGAAUACUUCCUCCGAACGGUACCCUCAGACACUAAUCAAGCACAAGCUAUGGUCGAAAUAAUUAAAAUUCUCAACUGGACCUAUGUUUCUAUCUUAUACGAAGAAUCUACUUAUGGCAUUAAGGCCUUCAACGUGCUGGAAGAACGUCUGGCUCAUCACAAUAUUUGUAUCGCGAUAAAGGAAAAGUUAACGAAAGACUCUGGAGUUGCCUCCGAAGGAGUUUACGACAAGAUUGUCCGAAAAUUGCUAUCUAGGCAACGAGCUCGAGGAGUGAUAAUUUUCGGAUCUGAUCAAGAAGUUGCUGGAGUGAUGCGGGCUGUCAAGAGAAACAAUGUUACGGGCUACUUCUCGUGGAUAGGAAGCGAUGGUUGGAGUGCACGUGCCCUCGUGUUUGACGGUAACGAACCUCAAGUAGAAGGGACAUUGUCUGUACAACCUCGUGCCCAUUCUGUGGACGGCUUUGACGACUACUUCUUGAGUUUAAAUGUGAAGAACAAUAGAAGAAAUCCCUGGUUUGUAGAAUACUGGGAGCAGUACUUUCAUUGCAAGUGGCCUAACAGCACCAUCACUCCUUACAACCAGAAUUACAACAAACAGUGUAGCGGUGACGAAGUAAUGACGUACACUAAUGGAUACGAAUCUGAAAGGCAGCUACAGUUUGUUAGUGAUGCUGUUCUCAGCUUCGCCUACGCUUUUCGAGAUAUGCAUCAGAAUCUGUGUGGUGGUAGGCCUGGUCUUUGUCAACGGAUGAAUCCUAUCGACGGAACGGAGCUUCUCACAUACUUGUAUAAAGUCCAUUUUACAGGUUUGAGCGGGGAUGAAUUCCAAUUUUCCAAAAAUGGGGACGGGCCAGCACGCUACAAUAUCAUCCACUUCAAACAAGUCAAACAAGGUAAUUAUCAAUGGGUCAGAGUUGGCGAAUACAAAAAUGGUCAGUUGACUCUCAACCUCUCCCAAGUCCAGUUUCACCUACACGAACCGCACAUGCCCCCAUCUGUGUGUAGUGACCCUUGUGAAAAAGGUCAAGCCAAGAAGUUCGUAGAAGGGGAGAACUGUUGCUGGCAUUGUUUAAGUUGCACAAAAUACCAAGUUCUCCUCUCUGAGACCCAGUGUGUGGAGUGUCCUCUCGGGUUUCUUCCAGACAAUGACCACGAAAUAUGUAUUGCUAUUCCAGAGCUGUACAUGAGACCUGACAGUUCCUGGGCCAUUGGAGCUCUAGCCUUCUCUACAACGGGAAUCUCUGUUACAGUGUUCGUUAUUGUUGUGUUUAUUCGAUAUAAUGACACACCAGUGGUCAAGGCGUCCGGUCGGGAGCUUAGUUACGUUCUUUUGGCUGGCAUAUUAAUGUGUUAUGGGAUGACGUACAUGUUGGUCCAGCGUCCAACAAAUUUCAUCUGUGGAGCCCAGAAAACCGGCAUCGGUUUGUGUUUCUCUGUUGUUUACAGCGCACUUCUGACUAAAACCAACAGGAUCGCUCGUAUUUUCAAUGCUGGUAAACGUAGUGCAAGAAGACCAAGCUUCAUCAGCCCUAAAUCCCAGUUGGUCAUCUGUGGAGCGCUGAUCAGUGUCCAGAUUUCAAUCACUACAGUAUGGCUAGCUUUCACGCCUCCUCGAGCAAUUCACCAUCAUCCAACUCGAGAGGAUAAUCAUGUUGUGUGUGCCGCUUCUAUUAACGCUAGUUAUAUGGUGGCCUUUGCCUAUCCAAUUACUCUAACUCUCAUCUGUACCGUGUACGCCAUCCUUACUAGAAAGAUUCCAGAAGCUUUCAACGAAUCUAAGUACAUAGGUUUCACCAUGUACACCACGUGCAUUAUAUGGCUGGCAUUUGUUCCAAUCUAUUUCUCGACAGCUGAGCACGUGGCUCUUAACGUCACUACAAUGUCCGUAGCUAUUAGUCUUAGCUCUACAGUAACCCUAGUAUGUUUAUUUACACCCAAACUCUAUAUUCUACUUUUACAUCCUGAAAAAAACAUUCGUCAAUCUAUGAUGCCACAGAACAAACACGGAACGUUAAACAACACCUUAAUUACUACGCCAUCAGCAACAAAAGUUGAGUCGGCUACGCAGUCCGAUGAAUACGAGAUGAGCGAGAAACUUCGUAUCAGCCGAAUCAGCCGUGCCACUCAAACUCCAAACGCAUUACCCGCCGAAUCCCAGAUUAAUCAAGCAGACAGAAAUGUGCAUCUAUGAAUUGUCUUCCGCUAUAGCUUUGUAGACAAAUACAAUGACUGGUUCUCGGACCUACAAUACGUGCAAACUGCCUAAUUAACACCCCUAUUUGAUUGAAAUUAGCCACGUGACUUAUUCUAUAGAAUUACAUGAUCUUUAUUCUAACAACUACGUGAACUUUCACUGAACAAAAACUAAAAAUAUAUAUAUAUAAGGAUUUAGCGUUUCUUUUGUAUCUGAAGGCGUAGCACACAUAUUGUUGGAGACAGAUGUAUAUAAAAAGGUAAGUACAGAUUUUGUUUGCGAGACAUAUAAAUAUAUAUGAAGAAAUAGUACAGUGAAUGAAAACGUUAUAUAAAAACGAUUUUGGAGCAUCACCACGUCAUUACAGUCCACGUCGUCACGUCUAGUCAUGCUGUAUCUGACAAUAACCUGCAGCGCAGUUUCUAUUGAAUAAUAAAAAAAAUCCAUCGUAACGCUGUCAUGUCCAAAGCACACCAUUUUUACCUGCUGAACUUUCAUAAUCCAUCUAACGUACGAGGACGACGGUUUCCUAACACCCAUUUCAACGAUUGCAUAUAAAUCUAUACUGAGGCGCUGUAUGUAGCGACUUGACCCGUUGAAGAUAUGUCAUGAAAGCAACUUGUGUAACGUAACUUGUGUCGCUUUUCCAGGAGGAGACUCUUGUCGAUUAUGUUGCGUUGGUUUGCCUGGAACAAGUAGGCGGCUUUCACCACUGACUUUUGUGUUCGUAAAUUCUCACCUUUUACAUGACGCAGCAUUUCCUUAACCGCUAGGGUACUGUUUGUUGCAGGUCUUGUUCUGGUGCCUCAAGUUAAUCCAUGUUGUUGUGUUUUUAAAUGCCAUUAAGUACAAGAGAUUUGGAAAUUGUAAGUUUCUUGUAUUAACACAUCUUUAUAACUUUAGUGUACGAAUAUUUUGCAUCAGAAAAGGCUGUUACAUACCAUUCCCAGAGGCGAUAAACUCUUUGUAUCAUCACACUAACUCCAAAGCUCCAAACAAUGUCAAGACGUAGUUCUGAUACGUGCCGUUCCAUCGCGACUUUAUAUCGGCUGUGGUUGUCACGUUGCAUAUUCAAAAUCGUUUUAUAUAUGACGUAUUCAAAUCUAUGUACAGAUAUGCGAGAUACGUAUAUACGAAGAGAAUUUACAGAUGUUUUUUGCGAGAUGUACAUUUUCUUGAGCUUCAUUGUAAACAUCAUUCGUCGCCAUUGAUGCCACGUUGUACACCAACAUCCAUCAUCGUCAUAACAACACUGAGGUCAGGUUGUUAUGAGGAAAGGCUCUCCUCGUAUCAGUGGAGAAUUGAAAAAGGACAGAUAUUGGAAUGGUGCACUGUCUUGGUAAAGGUAUUUUAUGGUACACGCUGGCAUGGUCAGAGAUCACGACAACGAAAGACUACGUAAAGUUUUAUCAGUUUUAUAGUCAUUUGUUUAUACGCGAAGAGAGACUCAGAUACAAAGUAAUACAAAGUAACACGAGCUUUAUGAAUUGCAUCAAACGAUACGAUGCGUUCCGCGCGUUUGUGAUUACCUGAUACCUCCUCUCAGUGUGUAGAUGUAUUCUGAUUAUUACUCAGAACUCUAACCCAUAUGUGUAAAUAACGUUCCGUUUCCGUUAGCGUGAAUAAGACGUUGAAAAUCAAACGUUCAUUGGUCAGCUGUAGCUGAACUCAUCUUAAUAUCCUAGGAAUUACAGAAUGCACAGUAAGGAAAAAGUGACAGACAAUGAUACUGUUAUCACAAUCGAAUCUUUUAUGCGGUCUGUGAAUGGUUUUAAUAUUAAAGCCUGAAAACUAUUAUAGUGUGCCCAAAUGUCUUGUACAAAGUAUUAGUUAUGAAAUUCACUAUUAAGAACCAACUUUCCAUUGGUCGUCACGUGCAUGCUGGAUAUUCAGAUAAGCUGUUGUUUUCAAUAGCUUGUUACAGAGCAAUCAUGGCCGCUUAAAAUGGGGCUCCGGUCAUGAAAUAACUACCACCUCUCGUAUAAUCCUGUUAUUUUUAGGGACAGAGAAAAAUAUUGUAUAAUGCAUUGAGGUAAAACUGCUGAGAAACCUUGCUUAUAACAGGUAUUACAAACUACUUGUUGCUUUCUGAAUAUUCGGUGCAUAUUAAGUUGGUAAUUACAAAAGUACCGAAUAUUCCCGUCCUAUUGUUGUCUUGCUGAUGAUGUUAGGUGUUUUGCAUGUACGUUUGGAGAGGAGGGGGUUUAAGGGCAGUUGAUAUUGGAUAUACCUCUUUUAUAAUGAUAUGUGAUAACGAGUAUAACUAUUAUCAUAAGAUGGAAUAAUACUGGAUGUGCCACUUUAAUAUCAUUUUAUAAUAUCGACGUUAUUACUGUUCUUGCGCUUUUCUGAAUUGGAUGUGGCAGUUCUGUAGAAGUAGAUAAGACUGGAUGUGACUCUCCUACAUGAGGGAAUGAUACUGGAUGUGCCAUUUAAAUAACAUUUUACUAUAUUGUAGUUAUUACAGUCUCUGCGUUUUUCUGAAUUGGAUGUGGCGGUUUUGUAGAAGUAGAUAAAAUUGGAUGUGACUCUCCUACAUGAUGGAAUGAUACUGGAUGUGCCACUUAAAUAACAUUUAACUCUGAUGAUUCUGUUACUGUCACCGGGCUUAUCUGGACUAGAUGCCACAGCUCUGUAGAAGUGGAUGAAAUUGGGUGUACCAGCUACGUUUAUUUUAUCAGUGUUAAUGUGUAGUUAAAUACUUGAAUUUAAUAAUAUUUGACGUGCCAUAAUAUUAUGUCUAAAUACGCUGAUUCUAUUAGUCUCAAAGUGGGCGAACUACUUUUAUUGAACUAUAUACUAUUGACUGAGACACUUUUAUGAAGACUAUUCUUCGUUGAUGCUACCAGUAAACAAAAAACAAAAAAAACAAGUAUUUGUGAGCUUAAAAAAUACCCUAUCUUGAUAUAGGUAUUAUUGGAUGUGUUAGUGUUGUUGUAUUACAAAUAAUAUUGCUUGUUAUUUCUUUCGGGAUAAAAAUGUCAUAAUAUUCUCUUUAAGGUACACAAAACGAGAAUGUUUGAUUUAUUUGAAGUUUAUAUUCAAUAUUUUCUAAGUUUCUGAUAUACGUGUACAUUAUGAUCUACGUGGUAACUGUUCUUCGAAAUCCAAAAUGGACUCUAAGUCUUUAAUUAUUUAUGGUAGUGUUAAAUAUCUUAACGGUUUUUAAUCUGGUUCGCAGUUAGAGAAGAACCAAUAUGGUAUUUGUUUCAGAGUAUCUUUCUUAGUGCAAGCGAAACAUACAUCGCUUACAUGUAUUUAAAAAAAAACAAUAGCUUGUUAAAAAUACUAUACGAAUGUUGAACUUUAACAAAAAAAUUCUUUCUGACGAUCAGAACUUAUAAUUAGUCUUCGAACAGUCUGUACUUGGUGAAUAUUGUAAAACAUGAUAAAUAAAUAGAUAGCA